CGCCGCUGUCUUUUAAUGUCCACAAUGCAAGCAAAUACUUAAGCGUCUGAAACGAAUCGCUAAUUUUCGUUAAAACUUUCCUUUCGUGUAAAAAAGGCGAAAAUGAUGGUGAUAUGAUAAAUUUUACGCGUUUCCCAUAAACGAAACUAGUCUUACCAUUUUUGACUUACACUGAAGAAGAGAACCAAGAGUCCUUCCUCCCUUUGCUAAACUUCGCUACCAUGAAUAACCUAAGCGGAGCAACAACAACCACCACCGCAUCGAAUCAGAACCGACGAACGCAGCAGCAGCGACGGCCCGUGAUCCACGUGUUACCAGACGAGGUGGCGUUACGAGUCGUCUGCCACGGGUCGGUUAUAGGCGGCAUAAUCGGAUCAAACGGCCACGUCGUCUCCACGCUCCGGCGCGAGACCGGCGCAAAAAUCCACUGCCAGUCUCCGACCAACGGUUCCGAUCACUGGGUCGUGUUCAUCGUCGGCUCGACCGCGGUUAACAAAAGCAUCCUACUUACCGAUAGAGUCGGAGAGUUCUCUUCCGGCGGCGAGCACGAGGGUUGGGUGACUUGCGACGUCUCCGGUGCUCAGACGGCGCUGAUCAGGGUUUUGGAGAGGUCGUGGGCGGUUCUUGCGGCGAAGGAUAGCGGCGGAGUGGUGGAGGGGGAUGAUAAAGAGGCUUACUGUGGGAUUCUAGCUGAUCGGAGUCAGAUUGGUGCUGUUUUGGGGUUGGGAGGGAAGAACGUUGAGUGGAUGAGGAGAAACUCUGGGGCGAUGAUUAGGGUUUUGCCUCCUCCGAGUUGUGGUACGAACAGUGAUGAACUGAUUCAGAUAACUGGCGAUGUCUUGGCUGUGAAGAAGGCACUGGUUAUGGUAUCAAAUUUUCUUCAGAAUAGUCCACCUCUCAAUGGCUACACACCGCCACUUUGCAGCAAGGCCUAUGAUUCAUCUACCGGCGAUCCUCACUCUGAGUAUUUUCCAAGCCUGCGCUCUUUAUUGCCCAAUGCUUCUGAAACUGCUGCAGCCAAUACUCUAUUACCAUCAAGAAACCGUUUUCAGGACUCAAAAGAUACAUACCGGAAGGUUGUGCUCAAACUAAUCUGCACAAGUGUUGCAGCUGGAGGCAUAAUUGGGAAACAAGGAACUAUCAUCAGAGCUAUGCAGAAUGAAGCAGGUGCGUCUAUUUCCAUCGGAGCUCCACUAAAAGCAUCCGGUGAACGUGUUGUUACCAUUACUGCACGUGAGAGCCUUGAGUCAGGGCACUCUCCUGCACAAAAGGCUCUGUGUCUUGUCUUUGCAAGAUCUGUUGAGAUUGAUGUUGGGAAAAGUCUGUUCCCGGGUGCUUUAGUUAAAGCUAAGCUACUGGUACCUUCACAGUUUGCUAAUGACUUUGUUGGAAACAGAGAAACUGUUAUAGUAACUGGUGUUGAUGUACACAUUCCAGUAGGUAGCCAGAUUCUAGACUGUCUUUCAGAAAAUGAACUGAUGAUUGAGAUUAUGGGAGAGUAUAGGCAUGUACAAAAGGCCUUGUGUCAGGUUUCUUCUAAGUUACGUGAGAACCUAUUACUACCAAAGAAGGUCGUAGAAGAAGUGAGAGCUAGAGUUAGUAAUCCAUAUAAUCUGCAACCAUCACAACAAAACGCAGGGAGAGACGAUUCUCUCUCGGCAUCAGAUGACCGUGAACAAGACUUGAAUAUGUUAAGAAUCAGUACAGAAAUAAUGAAGUCCAUCGAUUGUAUGCACACCGACGCGAAUGAAGUCAACGGCUUGACACACGGAAUGAAACAGCUUCAACUUUGUAGCAAUGAAUACUUGUCUUCUUUACCAACACGAAGCAAAGGUGUGACUUUGAGAAACGUUACCUUGGAGCUAGCUGUGGAGAAAGAUGCACUUGCUGCACUGUGUGGAAGAGAUGGUUCCGGUUUAGACAAUCUACAACAGAUUUCAGGAGCCAGAGUUGAUGUCAAUGAUCAUCCUGCAGGAGUUGAAGCGACGGUCUUACUCUCUGGGAAUCCUGAGCAAACCCAGACAGCCAUGUCUCUGUUCAUUUCAGUCCUUUCUGAUCAGUGAUCAUUCUUCACCUAUUGUUGCUUUUUACAGCUCUGCUUUUGUACUUGAGAUGUUGUUUUAAUAAACAAAAAUUUCCUGAGGUAAAACUCAAUCUUUAUCCCAAUAUUCCACUCUUUUCUCUGGAGACUAGCAGUUAUCACAAUCUAUUGCAGUGUCUUUUUUUUUUUCUUGGGAUCUCAUAUGCUUAAACUGUAUCUUAAACGGGACUGAUACAACAUUUUCAUGAGUUGUAGGACAUC